AUGGUCCCUGAAAAGAUUACCUCUAUUUGCUGCAUCGGCGCUGGGUACGUCGGUGGACCUACUUGCUCCAUCAUCGCCCAGCAAUGCCCCGAGAUCAAGGUCACAAUUGUUGACGUCAACCCACAGCGCAUUGCUGCAUGGAACUCGGAAGAUCUCACGCAGCUUCCAGUGUUCGAACCCGGCCUGGCUGAUGUCGUCGGCGAGUGCCGCGGUCGCAAUCUGUUUUUCACGACCGACAUUGAUGGUGCGAUUGAAGAGGCACAGAUCGUGUUUGUCAGCGUCAACACGCCCACGAAAACGUCGGGUGUAGGCAGCGGAUAUGCAGCGGAUCUACGCUAUGUCGAAGCGUCUACUCGUCGCAUUGCCAGCGUCGCCAAAUCGUCGAAAAUCAUUGUCGAGAAAUCGACUGUGCCAUGCCGCACAGCUGCCUCUAUGCGCGCCAUUUUGGAGUCCAACAGCAAGUCUGACGUGGAAUUCCAAAUUUUGUCGAACCCUGAGUUCCUCUCUGAAGGCACUGCGAUCCAGGACCUGUUGUACCCUGACCGUGUGCUGAUCGGCAGCCUCGACACGCCGCACGGCCGUCAUGCUGCUGACCUUCUGAGUGAUUUAUACCAGCACUGGGUGCCUAAGGAGCGCAUUCUGCACACUGGUCUGUGGAGCAGCGAGCUGAGCAAGCUCGCAGCCAAUGCCUUGCUUGCACAGCGCAUUUCUUCGAUCAAUGCCAUCUCGGCCAUCUGUGAGGCUACAGGGGCCAAUGUUGACGAGGUUGCGCAUGCGUGCGGCUUGGACCGACGCAUUGGCCCGCACUUCCUACGUGCCAGCGUUGGUUUCGGCGGUAGCUGCUUCCAAAAGGAUAUCCUCAACUUGUCGUACCUCAGUGAGAGUCUCGGUCUUCCGCAAGUGGCCGAGUACUGGCGCCAAGUCAUUACGAUGAACGAGUACUCCAAGUCCCGCUUCGCGAAAAAGGUCGUGCAAACGCUCGCCUGGCCAUUCUUGGCUUUGCGUUCAAAAAAAGAUACGGGCGAUACGCGUGAGUCGCCUGCCAUUACCUUGUGCAAGCACUUCCGCGAAGAGGGUGCACACAUCGCCAUCUAUGACCCGAAAGUGAAGCGCGAGCAGAUCUACUUGGACAUGUCAGAGCCUGGCGUUGUGGAUGACCGCCGGGCGCUGGAGGAGCACAUCACCGUGUGCCCCUCUGCUCUUGAUGCGUGCUAUGGCGCCGAGGCUGUGGUGAUCGCAACGGACUGGGAUGAAUUCAAAGAGAUCGACUGGUCUCUCGUGUACAAUGUCAUGCGUAAGCCGGCCGUGGUAUUUGAUGGUCGUCGCGUCGUUGAUCUCGCACAGCUUCGUGCGAUUGGCUUCAAGGCGCAUGCCAUCGGUGUGGGGCCAGAGCUGCAGGACAACGUUUGGGUGUAG